UGGCAUUGCUGCACAUAGAAGAAAGAACUGAUCCUUUCAACUAGUUCCCUUUAAGCAAAUAACCCUACUCAUUAAGCAACUACAUUACCUUAACACAAACCUUGGUAAAAACAAAUUGAAACUGCAUUAUUAAAUUAUUUACCAUUUAGCAUUCCAUGUUUCAUACCAAGUAACUAGUCUCAUAUUUUGUAACCAUUAAGAUAACUCAUCCUUGUGUUAGAUCAAUCUCAAGCUUUUUCCCUCCUUCCUUUUUUAAUUUCACAUAUUGAGAUUACUAAAGUUCAUGCAGCUUCUUCAUCAAAUUAUUCCUUUCUUAAACCAAAGAAGUAGUGAGCACUUCUAUUGUGUGGGAAAGUGAGACAACCAUUACUGCGUUUUCUUCCAUCUUUUGCCUUCUUAAGUAAAAUUUGGUUGCUUCAGAAUCGAAUAUUGGGUUACUUGUGGAUAGCCACAUAAGCUUUAGCUUCCCGGGGCAUAGAACACCAAGAAGAAAAGGAUAUGAAAGGUGGUAGUGGAGAUCAUUGAUGCUCAUGAUCAACAAGUGCAUUUGUUGAAGUAGACUUUGAAAACCAACUUAGCAGAACCAGAAUUGUUCCAAAGAACCUCAACCCCACUAGGAAUCACAAACUGUUAUUCCAUUUGGAUGCAAUCAAACGUUAACAUCACCAAAUUAUUGAAGUCUCAGUCUACCACUAGAGGAGACCUAUUCCGGGCCAAAACUUCCUUCGAAGGGUAAGAAUUCCUUGCUCUAAUCUUGUUAAGGAAGUGAGGAAAUUUAUCACACUUACCCUUUAGAGAAGAAGUGGUUUUUCUUUUCUGUCAAGGGUGAGAGUGGCCUGAAAAUUUAUAUUGCAUCAUCGCAGUCCAAAACCAAAGCUCGUUGUUUCAUUAUUACUUCAGAAUCAGAAAAACUUUCAUCCCCAACUUCACCAAAAAGUACCGGAAUCCAAAUCCAAUUAUACUAGUCUUCCUCAUUGUCCACCCCAACCACAGAAACUAUAGACAUUACUGACAUAACAUCAGAAGCUGACCCCAAAAUCAAUCACAGAAGAAGCUGAGAAAGUAAACUCAGCUGCAGUGACAAAUUUCCACUCUGCAACAGCUCAGUCUAGUGCCAAUGAUACAGAUCAAGAUCCAAAAGACAAAACCAUAAAGCCUAUCCAAGAGAUAUAACACAGCAACUACACAAAAACCAAGUUCACCAGCAGCCAAUGAUUUCAAUAAAGAGAAGACAAAGAGGUGCUCCAGUCACAAUGCACUCGGUUGGCCCUGAAGUCCAUCCUAGUAGCCAAGAUGAAGACUACAAUCUGAGGGAGACUGAUCCACAACUCGGUGGUGACCGGUGGCCUAAUGCCAGAAGAGGGUGGAUUGGUGGUGAAAGAUUCUCAAGCACAUAUGACCUUGUUGAGCAGAUGUUCUAUCUGUAUGUUAGGGUGGUGAAAGCCAAAGAUCUUUCCCCCAGCACUCUCACCUCAAGCUGUGAUCCUUAUGUGGAAGUGAAGCUGGGGAACUACAAAGGAAGAACAAAGCACAUAGAGAAGAAAACCAACCCAGAAUGGAACCAAGUGUAUGCUUUCUCCAAAGACAGAAUUCAAUCUUCUGUUCUGGAAGUCAUUGUCAAAGACAAAGAAAUGCUUGGAAGAGAUGAUUAUAUUGGAAGGGUGGCCUUUGAUCUCAAUGAGGUUCCAACCAGAGUUCCCCCAGACAGUCCAUUGGCUCCUCAAUGGUACAGGCUCGAGGACCGGCGAGGAGAAGGGAAGGUGAGGGGUGAUAUCAUGCUUGCAGUGUGGAUGGGAACUCAAGCUGAUGAAGCCUUCUCAGAGGCAUGGCAUUCUGAUGCUGCCACUGUGUCUGGAGAGGGUGUUUUCAAUGUCAGAUCAAAGGUUUAUGUGUCACCAAAACUGUGGUAUCUCAGGGUGAAUGCCAUUGAAGCACAAGAUGUGAUACCGAGUGACAGAAACCGGCUGCCAGAGGUUUUUGUCAAGGCUCAGAUGGGGAGCCAAGUGUUGAGGACCAAGAUAUGUCCAACUAGGACAACCACACCACUUUGGAAUGAAGAUUUGGUAUUUGUGGCAGCUGAACCAUUUGAGGAGCAGUUGACUAUCACUGUGGAGGAUCGCGUGCACCCUUCAAGAGAUGAAGUACUUGGGAAGAUAAUCUUGCCACUGACCCUCUUUGAGAAGCGGCUAGACCACAGGCCAGUUCAUUCACGCUGGUUCAAUCUUGAGAAGUUUGGUUUUGGAAUGAUGGAAGCUGAUAGGAGAAAUGAGCUUAAGUUUUCAAGCAGGAUUCACCUAAGAAUUUCCCUUGAAGGUGGAUACCAUGUCCUUGAUGAGUCCACUUUGUACUCAAGUGACCAAAGACCAACAGCUAGACAGCUAUGGAAGCAGCCUAUUGGGGUGCUUGAAGUAGGGAUCUUAGGAGCACAAGGACUCCUCCCAAUGAAGAUGAGGGAUGGCCGCGGCACCACGGAUGCAUAUUGUGUUGCCAAGUAUGGCCAAAAAUGGGUCAGAACCAGAACAAUUCUUGACAAUUUUAGUCCAAAAUGGAAUGAGCAAUACACAUGGGAGAUUUAUGAUCCUUGCACUGUAAUAACACUUGGUGUUUUUGACAACUGCCAUUUAGGAGGAGGGGAAAAAGCCACUGCUGGCACUGCAGCCAGGGAUUCAAGAAUUGGAAAGGUAAGAAUUAGGCUCUCAACACUUGAAGCUCAUAGGAUAUACACUCAUAGCCAUCCCCUUCUUGUUUUGCACCCACAUGGUGUCAAGAAAAUGGGUGAGCUUCAGCUAGCAGUGAGGUUCACUAGCCUCUCACUGGCUAACAUGGUUUACAUUUAUGGCCAACCCUUGCUUCCAAAGCAGCAUUACUUGCGCCCUUUCAUCGUUAACCAAGUAGAGAAUUUGAGGUACCAAGCCAUGAACAUUGUGGCUGUGAGGCUUGGAAGAGCUGAACCUCCCCUCAGGAAGGAGGUAGUAGAGUACAUGUUGGAUGUUGAUUCCCAUAUGUGGAGCAUGAGAAGAAGCAAAGCCAACUUCUUCCGCAUCAUGUCACUUUUCUCUGGCAUCAUCACAAUGGGGCAAUGGUUUAGCCAAGUUUGCCAUUGGAAGAACCCCAUCACAUCAAUCCUAGUUCACAUUCUCUUCCUCAUACUCAUUUGCUACCCUGAAUUGAUACUUCCAACCUUGUUCCUCUACAUGUUCUUGAUUGGCCUGUGGAACUAUAGGUUUAGGCCUAGACACCCACCCCACAUGGACACAAAACUCUCAUGGGCAGAAGUGGUUCACCCCGAUGAACUCGACGAAGAGUUCGACACAUUCCCAACUUCUAGACCACAUGAUGUGGUGAAAAUGAGGUAUGACAGGCUUCGAAGUGUUGCGGGAAGGAUUCAAACAGUUGUUGGGGACAUAGCAACACAGGGAGAGAGGUUUCAGUCUCUACUGAGUUGGAGAGACCCCAGGGCAACCAGCUUCUUUGUAGUGUUCAGCCUUUGUUCUGCUGUGGUUCUCUAUGCAACACCACCAAAAGUGGUGGCUAUGGUAACAGGCUUGUACUAUCUGCGGCAUCCCAAGUUUCGUAGCAAGCUGCCUUCUGUGCCCAGCAACUUCUUCAAGAGGCUUCCAGCUAGAACAGAUAGCAUGUUGUGAUGCAUAGUGUAAGGCUUCAGUGUGGAUUUUAUUCAGUUCGUGUAGUUCUUUCUUUAAAAAAAACUUGUAACUUAAUGGCAUUUCUCAUCAAUGUUACUUGACAUAAAUGUUAGACCCCAGAUUAAGAUUGUGCAUCAGAGUUUAUCCUUUGCACAAAACUGAAAUGGUUGUAUGCAUCAUAGUUUGUCAGUUCUGUAAAUUUAUCUAGGCAAUAUCAAUGAUAACUCAGAUCUAAUUAUGCAAAUUGCUCGUUGUAAGUUUGACAUACGGUUAAAG